GCGAAGUUGGACGUGCUAAUAGUUUGAAACUGAGGUAAUUAAUCAGCAAUAAGACUGUGCUUUGUUCUAUAUGAAUUUCCUCCGUGUACCAGAAGAAAAGGCGAUUUUCAGCUGAGACACGUUUACAGAAGCCUCUGUCCGCUCCUUAAACGGCAUGAAAACCCCAGGACAUGUCAUCGAGAAGCGCGAAUCUCCCAGCAGGCUAUUCGGGAACAACGUCCAAUAUAAUGGGCUGAAAAAUCAAGGUGCCACAUGCUACUUAAAUGCAGUAUUGCAAUGUCUAUUCAUGACCCCAAAAUUCAGAGAGGCAGUGGUGAGUUAUGAAGCCCUCCCAGGAGAUUGUGGUGAAGAAAAUCUCUUGUUACAACUUAAGAAACUGUUCAAACAGCUGUCAGGAAAAACAGCCACAACUGAAGGAAUAACCAAGGGUCUUGGAGUAAGAAAUGUGUUUGAGCAACAAGAUGCGGUGGAGUAUUAUCGGAAGAUUUUGAAAGCAGUAGGGACACGCACCUCUCAGGCCUUUGAAGGGAAAAUGAGCAACAUAACAAAAUGCUGUACAUGUGGCAAGGAGACCAGAGAAACCAACAACUUCAUCUCAACACUUCUGUCUAUCGAUGUUGGAAACGAUGAGACGUAUGAUGUGGUAAACGGUCUGAAAACCUUCAUUAAACAUUCAAAACUAGAAGAGGAUGACUGGAUGUACUGUGAUGAAUGUGACCAAAAAACAGAAACAGAAAUUUGGAGUAAAAUAGAUGAAUAUCCCUCUGUUCUCACUCUGCAUCUGAAGAGGUUUGACUUUGAUUACAUACAGAUGAGAUACAAGAAGAACGAAUGUCAUCUGGAUGUACCUCUAAGUUUACCUCCAAGUACCUCCAAUGAGGAUAAUUGGCCUAAAUAUGAUCUUUAUGCCGUUAUCAACCAUAAGGGUGGAUACACUGGUGGACACUACGAUGCAAUCAUCAGAUCUUAUGAAAAUAAAAUAUGGUACCGUUUUGAUGACUGUACCGUAACACAGACUUCAGAAACAUCACUGAAAAACUCCAAUCUACCAUACAUGCUGAUGUACAGAAAAGCGGUUCCACAUCCUUUAAGGAUCCUUCUAAUAGGGCCUUCCAGAUCUGGGAAAAGUACAGUAGGCAACACCAUCCUCGGUGGAAAUUACUUUCCUUGUGGAAGUGGAUCAGAGACUGUGACCAAAGAGUCCAUGGCAAAGACAGUGGAAAAGAUCACUGUAGUGGACACUCCAAAUCUCUUUUCCCUCGAUGAAUUGAGUUGGAGAAAGGAAAUGGAAAGAUGCAUUGAGUUAUGUGACCCAGGCCCCAAUGUGAUUCUCUGGGUCACACCAAUAUGUAAAUUUAGCGAUCAACAACAAGGUCUUUUCCAUGCCUUCAGAAAACGACUAGAUUCAGGAACCACAAAACAUAUGAUGGUUAUCUUCACAAAAGGGAAAGAGCUUGAAAAUCUUCAGGAAACCAUUAAAAUAUUUAUUUCCAAACGCAGCAAGCUUGGUAAAGUGGUUCAUAGCUGUCAGGAUAGAUAUCAUGUUACUGACAGUCACAAUUACACCUCAGAUCUGCUUGAAAAACUCAACGAGAUGGUGACAUCAGAAGAAGCUACUGCAAUUUCAAAAAGAAAAUUAAAGCGCUGUGCGAAAAGGAAACAGUUCUUAAGAAGAAGAUGA